GACAAAGUAUGCGUUCAUUAACCGCGAAAUUCAGGAGCACUCAGGUAUUGCGGCGGCCCUCAGCCAAUUUGCGGCAGUGUAUCCACCAGGCAGUCAAGUGGUUGCCCUUGCCGCCAUUGAGCCGGUAGCAAUCCAUCACGCGCUGCUAGAAUUAGCAGAAGAGGAACGGCAGCAGAGAGAAGCGUGGCGCUUCCUCACUUCGCAUAGCCUGCAGGGUCAACUGUAUUAUUUUAGAGUGAUCAAAGUGGAGAUGCUGGCGUUGCCGCUGCCAGUGGAGUUGAUUGCUUCCCAACACAAGAAACAGCUUUUUGGUGUUGUAGACGAGUCUUGGAGCAGGCAUGCCUUUGCAAGCUUGAAGUUAUCAGCAGCAGAAGUGAAUUGGUGGAGGCAGGUGCACGGUUCCUUGCAGGACCCUUGCAUCCUGCUUCGUUUGCCUGCAGCGAUUCUGACUCUGAUAACCAACGGCGACUGGACUCGCCUUGCUGUGCCGGACCUUAGCCAGGAUUUCACGUUUCGUGCAGGUUGGGAUGUCUUUGCAGGAGAGCCGAAUAUCAGAGCACAGUUUUCGUUGCUUCAGCCCAGUUCUCUUAGACCGAUUCUUGCAGAGCGUGAGUCUGAUGAGCAGCGUGUUGUAGAUGAUGGUGCCGGGGAUGCAAACCGUUUCAUGCUGAGCAGUGCAGCGGGGCAGGUUAAUUUGCAGGACUUGCUGCGAACCGUGGCAGGGUCUCUGACGGGUUGCCAGCCAUGUGAUCAGUUGCAGCGAGAGCGCUUGCUGCGUGACUUGCUUGCAGCCGCUGAGGCAGUGGAGCUUGCGCGGGAUAACCGCAUGAUCUUUGAACGCCUUCACUUAUCAAGAUUGUUUUGCCAGCGGUACAACAUAGCAUCUCUGUUGCGUUUCUUUUUCAUUUCAGGCUUGCUGCGAAAUGAUACCGACAUGCGAGAAGUCAUCGAGUUGUGCGUUACAGUAGCUCUUCCCAAGGAUGUUGCAGACAGUGCAUUGGCUUUUCUGCGCGGAUUGACUGGUUCAGACUUUCGGGUUCCAAGUGCAGCAACUAUUUCGAGAACACGUUUCCGGGUGGACACAGCUUGGAUGAUACUGUUUCGUGAGCAGCUGCAGAAGAUGCUAAACAAUGGUGGUGUGCGACUGUAUGUUCAAACGGAUGCUACCGCGCAAGCAGGACGGCAGUACCAGAUCACUUUGAUCAACAUCGUGCGGGCCGGCGAGCUCGACCAACUGCACAAGAUUGACAGUAUGUUUUGCGGAGUGUGCACGGAAUGCUGUGUCAAUGUGCUGCAGCCGUGUGAAGAUCAGAGUGAUGAAGUGCUGGAGCUGGCGGCCACAUCCAGCUCGUACAGCUACAGCACGAGCACAUCGGGCAGUGGCAGCGAGUCUGACUCGUGCAAGAAGAAGGAGAAGAAGGAGAAGAAAGAAGAGAAGAAGAUGUGCGAGUCCAGUGAGUCAGAGGAGCGUGUGGAGCCGGAAAAUUUCAAGGCCAUGAAGGCCAGCCCGCACUACAUGGAGAUCGAUGCUGAGGAAGAGGAGGAGCCGGAGCCACCGAAGGUUGUCCUCUCGGAAGCACCAAGAGUGGCCGGCGAUCGCAACAAGGCCCCGCCUGAAGGUGCUCCUGAGAAAGUGCCGUGUGUGUAUUGCGGAAAGUACAUCUCCGAUACGCCGAACGCAAGGUGGCAACACGAGGUCUACGGCACCUGCAAGAAGCGGCGAGUUGCCCAUGCUCGUGACUGGGAGAAGGGAGAGGAGGCAGGCACCAGCAGCGCCGGACACAAGGAUGAUCCAUGGGCUUCCCGUCAUGGCGGCGGGGAGAAGCCGAAAGGAUGGCAGGCACAUCGCGGCUCUUCGCAGCGCAGUCGCAGCCCUCUCCUUCGUCGUGCUCGCCCCACUCCGCCGCCAGGGCCACCGCCAGCUACUUUGACUCCGACUGCAAAGGCCCAGGCCAGUCGAGGCAGUGGCAGUCGUGGCAGCCAGGAUGUGAACGACGUGCUUGCCAACUUCAUGAUGUCUAUGGGCCAGGUGCUGAAGCUGGGAUCGGAC